GUGUUGAUAUUGCUGAUCAACAACGUUUAUAUUUUCUUUUCCAACUUAGAACAUGUCGGAAUUGGUUUCCACUAUUUUUUUGGCUACGUGAUACAUCAAUUGUUAAUGCCCAUAUUAUUUAUACAAAUUCUAAUAGUAAUAAUACACAAAAUUCACUAAAUAGUGAUGAAUUUUGUACAUAUCUUGUUUGGGAACUUAUACAAGCUUCAGUAAGCCAAGUUCCUAGUACAAGAAAUUCACAAUAUUCAAUUACUAAUCCUCCU